UGUCGCUUGUCUCAGAUUAAAAAGUAUGGAAUUAAAAACAAUAUGUAUAUGGCCAAAGCCACUUGAUAUAAACCAGACAGUCUGUGGGAUUUAAAGUGUUGUAUACUUUAAUACAUGCAGUUUGUUAACAAUUCACUCCUGGAGUGUGGGUCUGUUGGUCAAUCUGGGAUGAGAAUUGGACCACUUGAAAACAGUAAAACUGGGCAGAUUAAUUGCAGACAGACUGCAGGGGAAAACAAGUCCUUUAAGGCUAUUAGCAAAUUAUUCUCAAAGUGAACUCACCUGAAAUUUUGUUCCUGCAUUAAGUAGAUAAUAUAUUGUGUUAGAACUUGAUGCUUGCAUCAGAUCUAUGUAUAAGAUUAGAAGAUGGAUUUACAAUCUGUUUGAAGUUAUAUUUAAAUCUUUUCUUGAAGAGGACAGUGUUUAAAGUAAAAGACAUAAUAGAAGUGAGAUUCCUGAUCUUAUUUCAAAGUGGUUCUUCCAAGAGUGCACACCACAAGACAUAAGCUCAUGGUAGAAGAAGGACACCAUAUUGGAUGGUAAAGGAAAAUUAACAAGAAGAGUUGCAGGUAGACUCUUAUCCUACAAGCCAUGUUCUAAGUGGAGCCUGAAACCAACCUACCAGGCCACUGGGCAAGCCCUGCACACUCCUACACUAUGAACAUGACGGAGACCAGCUCAGUAGAUCAUCAGGGCACAGAACCUAUAGAUGAGGACAUACAGCACACUGUACUCAGGCUGUUCCAUGUCAAGACCCAGACCAACAACCUCAUGAAAGGAAGAAAGGAAGGGUAUGACGAGAUAGUGAGGCGAGCUCUGCAGGCUGAGAGAAACCACUGGAAGGACAGACUUCAGAUGUCCAUGCAAGAGAUAGACAGACACCACAAGGUCAUCCUAGCCAUGCAGUCAGGUCUACAGGAGCUGGUGAAAUCUCUGAGGUACACACUACAGAGGAAUGUUAUAUAUGAGGAUGAGGAGGAAGAGGAGGAUGAAGACCUUGACAACGCAACCAUCGCACUGAGACUUAUGGAGAACUUGAAAUUUCAGGUAAAACAGCUGAAGGUUAAGGCUGGGGUGACAGAUGUGUCAAAGAACGAUUAUGAGUCUGCACAGAACAAGCAGAAGGUGAUCAUAAAGGACCUUAAAGAGAAAGUAAAGAACCUUGAACAGCAGAGAGAAACAUAUGAUCAGGAACUGACUCAGAAAGCUGAGAAAAUAGUCUUCCUACAGAAGGAAAAUGUAUCACUGCACAAACAGCUGACCAGGCUACAGAAAAUAGUGCAAAAGUACAAUGAAAGUCACAGUGGGGCAAACUUUCAUCUGCACAAUAUGGAUGCACAGGCAGUGCACGAAGUGAGGGGGGAAAUGAGAGGGGAAAUGGACAAGAGGGCUUCCAUGAAUUCUUUGUCAACCUUUGAACUCAGCGAUGGAGGUCAUGGGGGAAUGGUAAGGCAGAGGACAUAUAUAGAGGGCGACCAGAUGGUCUCGUAUCCCACCCCGCAGGAGGAGAACGCCAUCAUCAAAGACAGGCUGAGAAAGAACAUUUACUCUGCGAGAAAAGGGGACAAUCGGUCCAAUAAUGUGGCGCAGUGUAUAAGGUGCCAUGCUCUGUUCAAGCCAGCCGAGAAUAACCACAAGUCGUGCAGGUUUCAUCACAAAGGGAGAGAAAUCAUGGAGCAGUUUGAUAGCCAUGGGAAACUGGAAAAGACAGUGUACAAGUGGGCAUGUUGUAAAAAGUCUAUUGACACGCAAGGGUGUUGCUUUGGGUACCAUGUGUGAUAAGAAAGAGAUGCUAGCAGUAGCACUUGAAAAUAUUAGUUCAUGAAAAAAAUCUGAAAAAACUUUGAGAAAGUUCAUCAUAAAGAUUUAAAAAAAAUCUAAAACAUAUUUGAAAGAAUAAACGUAAAGGCCCAAAGAACAAAUUUACAAGCUCAAAUUUCAUCCAAGUUUUUCUUUUUAUCAGAUAGAGCUGAUCAGGAAAGCACUUUGCAAUUAAAUUUAAUUUGCCACACUUAUGGUCUUAUUCUUACAAUUGAAUCAUCUUCCAUGUUUUGAACUAAUUUUUUAUGUUAGACUGAACCUAAAAGGAGUUUUUAAUUCAUCUGUAUGAACCUUAAUAUGGAUGUUCGUUGAUCACUAUCACAUGUUGUUUAUCACAAUAAUUACCAAUCUUUGCUGCAAUAUCUACUGCAAUAAUGCACACUUGUUUCGAGAGCAAUACCAAAGACAUACAUGUUUAUUUAUACGCUUUGCUUUACAUACAUUUCAGUGCUUUUUAUAUCUUUUGCUUGCAUAUUUUGUUGGCCAUGUAUUCAUUCAAUUUGGUGCAGAUUCCCCAUCUUCAGGGGUGAGAAUGCAAAUUUUGAUAAAAGGACUUUUAAUUAUUCUACAUAUGAUAAAGGUCAGUUUCACAUCCCUGCGACAGAAGACCUUAUGUUAUUUUCAAUUUUUGAUUUUAUAAUUGUCAACAUAAUAAAAUAUACAACCAAGACUAUAGACCCAAACUUCCAUCAUUGAUUUGUUUCUGGCAAAGCUUGCACAUCGUAAUUCCAGCAGAUUUCAUUUUGACAAAAUUGACACCUUAUGGAACCAUCCGUUUGUCUCCACCAAUUGUAACAUUGAUUUCUUUUUCAAGGCCAUGAAAAGAGAACAUUUGCAGAUGUAUGGCAUUUUUUUAUCUUGAGUGUGUCUUUUAAGUUUAUAACAUCCAUUUUCUUCUUCAUUCUUUGGUGAUAUGGAAACAACAUUUACUAAAAUAAAGUUGACAUAGGAUUUUGCCUACAUAAUUAAGCAAGUGACUCAAACAGUUUGUUGUGGAAAAUAAAGUUGAAUUAGCAUUUUGCCACCAUAAUCAAGCAAGUGACUAAAACAGUUUGUUGUGGAACAUCAGCUCAAAUGUUUACCAUAUUUGCUUGCCAUGACUAUCCUGUACAUUCAUAAAUGUUGUUAUCUCUGUACACAAAUAUUAUUGAAGUUUUCAAAUUUUGCAAUUUUUACAUUUUAUGUGUGAUUGUUUACAAUAA